UUCCGACGCUAAGCGCAUGCGCAAUCUACAAGUUUAAAUCCACAACGGUUUUAUACGAAGCCUCUUAAACAACAUCAGUUGGGUCCAGUUUGGCAUAUUUUUGAUGCCGUUUUUGUUUUAGAAUAGGUCACUAUAGAACACGUUUUGUUUAGUUUAUAUGUCUUGGUUUAGUCAAGUUUUGAUUUGCGUAUAAGUCAGUGCAAUCAACGGCGACGAGAAUGAUCAAUUUAACUUCGUUUCUGGAGGAUUUAGCUGAUAGAACACAACGCACGUUAACUGAAGACCUCAAGAAAAGACCUAAGGAAAGUCAGGCGUGCUCAAUAGAGGAAUUUACAAAAAAAUGCGUGUUUCUGAAAGCCCAACUGGACCGAUACAACAAAACCGGAAAGUACACCUCCUUCAAAACAUUAGAUCAAAAUGGAAACGAACCGGAAGAGAGCGAGAACGAUACGCCGGAGCAGCCGCCCCAGCGUUCAAGGAGGGGCAGGCCACCAACUGUUAAGCCCCUGGCCGAUGUAACAGCCAGUGUGGAUUUGUUCAACGUCAAAAAAGAAAAAAUAUCGUUGGCGGCCGUCCCCGAAGACGUGGAGAAGACGCAGAUGCCGGCGCCCACCAAGCCGGCCCCUCGUAAACGUAUUAAGGCCGAACCCAAGGACGACUCGAUGAUGUCAACCACAAGAACCACCCGUACAAAGACCAGGAUGAACGCCACAACAAAAGAGGAACAGAAACGUGACUCUGACAUAGUGAUACAGAAUCCUGUGAUACCAGUCGUCGAUUUGCUUAACAGUUCUGAUGAGGAGGUGGCUUCUAAACCUGUACAAAAGGAGGCAGAGGGCAGGUCCACUCGCACCAAAACUCGCAAGGCUAAACAAGCUGAUGAAAAGAGUGACACCGAGUCUAACUCUGCGGCAGAAACAACAGUUACAAGAAGCACCAGAACCAAGACCAAGGCAAAGGCGCAACAGAACGCCAGCAAACGCAUCCGAGACGCCAACGAGGACACCCACGAUCGGGACAUGAAAAAGUCCCGUUCCCACUCCCCACUGAAGCGUGGCAACGACGUGAAUGAAACUAAAAAUUCCGAAUACGAGGACGCAGUCUCGACUCUCGUCUCGCCCAACAACGCCACCUUCGUCACGUCGCCCAAGGGCGGCAACGUCACUUACGUUACGCAGCCCAACAAGGACGGCAACGCCACCUACGUCACGCAGCCGCAGCAGGACAACGCCAACGCCACCAUGGUGGUGCACAAGCCGAAGGUCGCGCAGAACGACCCGUUGAUGACCGACGACGAGUCCGAGGACGAGAUCUUGCCGAAGAACGGCAAGACGAAGCAGCUGUUCAACCCGUUCGAGGUCAGUCCGGUCAAGAAGAAGGUGCAGGCCUUCGAAAAGUUGGGUAAGAGCGCCGCCCUGCCCACACGCACCAUUAAACCGGCUGCCAAGCAGGACGUGGAAGCGGGGACCGUCAAGGAGAAGUCUAAGGUGUACACUCCGACUGCUGCGUCAAAGAUUUUGCCCAAAGUGUGCAGCACCAGCAAGCUUCAAAGGACUAUCAGUGGGUUGGGCACUGAGUCGUCCGUCUUAGGCAAGUCAGCUUUGAAGGCGUCACAGGAACAAUACAGGGAAAGGGAGCGACGUCAAAGGGAGGAGGCGUUGAAGAAACGUGAGGCACUGCUUAAAGCACAAGCUGAAGAGAAGAGGAAGAAGCGCGAGGAAAGGCAGACCAAAGCCCAGCAACAGCGUGAGCAAAUCGAAAAGGAGAGGGCCCGAAUCGUGGAACAACAAAAAGCUAAGGAGGAGAGAACGAAGCAAUUAAUGGCGGAAAAGGAGGAAAAGCAGGCGAAACUCCGCGAAGAAAUGGAACGCAAGAGACUGCAGGCGAAGGAGAAGGCCGCCGCCGUCAAGCAACUGAAGGAGGAGGAGAUCAAGCUGCGUGAGAAACAGAACCAACAGGCCCCCAAGGUGCCGAUCUACAUGUCCACGGAGCCGCCCCUGCUGCCGACCGACGACUGUUACGACUCGGACGACGAACGUGCCGACGGACGGCGAUUCCGUCCGCCUAGCUGGUGCUCAGACUCCAAUCUUAAGGAGCAGGAGCUGAUGCAGAUUAUGGCCGGUGAGAAGCUCAAGAACACGUUCUACUGUAGGCAGGCGAUGACGCCCGAUUUGCGGGACAUUUUCGAGUCUAUAGACGUGAGGAAGCUGAAGAGGACGUCCAGCGCCCACUGGCGCAAGCCUCCACGUUACACGCUCAUGCCCGCUGUUGAUCAGCCGUCGUUCGUCGAGGAUGAAGAAGAUGAUCAAGAUGAGGAAGAUUAAAAUGAAAUAUAUAUUAUUUUACAAAUGUACUUUUUUAAGUUUUAUAUUUUAUUGAUUUAAUUUAUUGUUUAUACUAUGUAUGCGUAUUAUUUGUAUCAAUUAUUAUUAUGGAAAGAAGCUAAAAACUUAAUUCUCAAUAAAUGUGGAUAUAAUUUA